AUGAGUUUCUUUCAAGGUUUAAAACCUCGUAACCACUUCUACAAUACUAUGUUAUGCGGGGUUUGCCAUGAAAAGGAGUCCAAAUAUACUUGUCCAAAAUGUGAAUGUAGAUAUUGCUCGCUAACAUGUUUCAAGGAUGACAAACACAAGGAAAUGGAUAAUCGUGCGAUUGAAAAACAUCCUAUUAAAGAAGAUACAUCUGAAGACAAAAGCAAAGAGGUUAAGACCGAGGACAUUCAAGAUCCAAUGUUGGCAAAAUUGAUGCAAUCGUCAGAAUUCCAGGAGUACAUAGCGUCGCCAGUUUUACAAUUCCAUAUUCUUACAGUUUUAGAAAUUAUCAAUAACAUUUCAUUGACCAACGAAUAUUCGAAAGAUGGACGUUUCGAAAUAGCAAGUCGAAAACUAAACAAUCUUCGAUUAGGCGGUGUAGAGGAAAAUGAAUAUGUGGAGGAGUUUGUUUCAUGGCUACUAACAUGGAUUGAAAACUAUAAAAAGGAAAAUACAACCACCAGUUGA